UUUUCGUUCAAUUAAGAGUUUGAUUGAAUUGUUUAGUUCAAUAAAAAAAACUCUUAAUGAUAUGAUUGACCAAGGACCCGUGGAAUUGCAAGGAGAAGCUGUGGCUGUUCUUAAAGCUAUGAUGUCUUUUGAUUUUGUGUUCUGCUUGCUUCUAAUGCACAAAUUGAUGAAAAUUACUGAAGUUCUUUGUCAGACAUUGCAGCGAAAAUCUCUUGACUUCGUACAUGCUAUGAAGUUUGUUGAACAUACAAAAUCAUUUCUUCAAGAGAUGAGAGAAGAAGGCUGGGAUGACUUGGAUGGUACAGGUCGUCGUUGCCAACAAAGAGAUUUCAUUACAAUUGAGCAUCAUUACCAUAUAGAUGUCUUCAAUGCUUUAAUUGAUUUUCAGUUGAGUGAGUUGAAUAGAAGAUUCUCAGACCAAACAUCUGAACUUCUUAUACUUAGCUCAACCUUGGAUCCUCGUGAUAACUUCAGAAAUUUUAAAACUGAAGAUGCAUGCAAUCUUGUAAAGAAGUUUUAUCCUGAAGAUUUUGUUGAUAGUGAAAUGUUUGCUCUAGAAUUAGAGUGUGCAUUUUAUGAGAAAGAUAUGCGUAGUGAUCCAAAGUUCCAGAAUUUGGAAUCCAUUUCUGAUUUGUGCAGAAUGUUGGUUCAAACAAGGAAGUCAGAAUUUUUCCCUAUGCUUUAUAGAUUGAUUUGUCUAGUUCUGACUAUUCCUGUUUCUACGGCGACCACUGAAAGAGCAUUUUCAGCUAUGAACAUCAUUAAGAAUAGACUUAGAAACAAGAUGGAAGAUGAGUUUCUUGGUGAUUGUAUGGUCCUUCAUAUUGAGAAGGAAUAUGCUGAAUCUAUUGACAAUGAAUCGGUGAUCAAAGAGUUUGAAGCUUGUGGAACUCGUAGAGUUAGAUUUAGUUAG